UUAAGCAUCGCAGUGGCCGUCGCCGUCGCCGUCGCCGUCGCCGUCGCCGUCGCCGUCGCCGUCGCCGUCGCCGUCGCCAUCGCCGUCGCCGUCGCCGUCGCCGUCGCCGUCGCCGUCGCAGUCGCCGUCGCCGUCGCCGUCGCCGUGGCCGUGGCCGUCAACGUCGCCGUUACCGUCGCAGCAAGGUAUGAUACUAUAUACUAUACACUAUAUCCUAUGUACUCAGGAGUAGCACCUAACUGUCAUGCCCUAGCUCGCAGUGCAUGCAAAAUGGCCCAUACUUAUGAGAGUUAGAAGUAACCCAUCAACCCAAGUAUCAUAGUAGUGUUAACAACGGGGACGUUCGAGGUAUUUGUAAUGUAUUCCAAUAGUGUCCAUUCCUUUAGCACACUUCGGGUUAAGUAUUUCGUAACAGUGGCGACUUAUGGUGUUAUAACACAUUUAUUAAAACCGGUGUUGAAAGGAAGUAAAAAUGGCCCUCGUUAGUGCCCACUUAUUAUAAAAUAUCCGUUUCAUUCAAGUUUUGUAAAUUGAGUAACGGUGACAAGCUUGAAAUUACGAUCCUUUGCGCCCAUUGUGUUUCCUGUCAGUUGCUACCCAAUAUUUUGAAAAAUAUACCAACCUGUGCGAGGAGGAAAGCCGUAAAUAGUAAAAAAGAGCUCGGUUGACAUGUCAUUCUAAUGGAAGAUUAACAUUCUCAUCAAUCUUAAGCAUUGCCAUCGCCAUCGCCAUCGCCAUCGCCAUCGCCAUCGCCAUCGCCAUCGCCAUCGCUGUCACCGUUACCGUCGCCGUUACCGUCGCUGACGCCAUCGCCGUCGCAGCAAGGUAUGAUACUAUAUGCUUUACACUAUAUCCUAUGUAUUCAGGUUUAGUACCUAACUGUUAUGGCCUAGCGCACAGCGCGUGCAGCAUUGCCCAUACUUAUGAAAGGUAGAAGUAACCCAUAAACCCAAGUAUCAAAGUAGCGUUAACAACGGGGACGUUCGAGGUAUUUGUAAUGUAUUUCAAUAGUGUCCGUUCGUUUAGCACAGUUCAGGUUAAGUACUUCGUAACAAUGGCGAAUUAUGGUGUUAUUACACAUUUAGUAAAACUUGCGCUGAAAAGAAAACAGAAAGGUCCUCGCUAGCGUCCACUUAUUAUAAAAUAUCCGUUUCAUUCAAAAUUUUUGUAAAUUGAGUAACGGUGACAAGCUUGAAAUUACGAGUCUUUACGCCCUUUGCGUUUCCCGUCACUCGCUACCCAAUAUUUUGAAAAAUAUAAAAAAAUCUGUGCCAGGAGGAAAACCGUAUACAGUAAAAAGGAGCUUGGUUGACAAGUCGUUCUAAUCAAAGAUUAACAUUCUCAUCCAUCUUAAGCAUCGCCAUCGCCAUCGCCGUUGCCGUCGCAGCAAGGUAUGAUACUAUAUACUAUACACUAUAUCCUAUGUACUCAGGUGUAGCACCUAACUGUCAUGGCCUAGCUCGCAGCGCGUGCAGCAUGGCCCACACUUAUGAAAGUUAGAAGUAACCCAUCAACCUAAGUAUCAUAGUAGCGUUAACAACCGGGACGUUCAAUGUAUUUGUAAUGUAUUCCGAUAGUGUCUAUUUUUUUAGCACACUUCUUAAAAAGUAAAUAAGAGCUCGAUUGACAUGUCGUUCUAAUCGAAGAUGAACAUUCUCACCCAUCUUAAGCAGCAACAUCGCCACCGCUCUCGCCAUCGCCGUCGCCGUCGCCGGUGCCAUUGCCUUCGCCAGGGCCGUCGCCGUCGCCGUCGCUGUCGCCAUCGCUGUCGCCAUCACCGUCGCCGUCACAGCAAGGUAUGAUACUAUAUACUAUACACUAUAUCCUAUGUACUCAGGUGUAGCACCUGUCAUGCCCUAGCUCGCAGCGCGUGCAGCAUAGCCCAUACUUAUGAGAGUUAGAAGUAACCCAUCAACCCAAGUAUCAUAGUAGCGUUAACAAUGGGGACGUUCAAUGCAUUUGUAAUGUAUUCCAAUAGUGUUCAUUUGUUUAGCACACCUCGGGUUAAGUAUUUCGUAACAGUGGCAACUUCUGGUGUUAUAACACAUUUAUUAGAAAACUGCGUUGAAAGGAAAUCAGAAGGUCCUCGUUAGCGUUCACUUAUAACAAAAUAUCCGUUUCAUUCAAGUUUUGUAAAUUGAGUAACAGUGACAAGCUUGAAAUUACGAACCUUUACGCCUUUUGUGUUUCCUGUCACUCGCUACCCAAUAUUUUGAAAAAUAUACAAACCUGUGCCAGGAGGAAAGCUGUAAACAGUAAAAAAGAGCUCGGUUAACAUGUCGUUUUAAUCGAAGAUUAACAUUCUCAUCCAUCUUAAGCAUCACCAUCACCAUCGCCAUCGCCGCCGCCAUCGCCGUCGCCAUCACAGCAAGGUAUGAUACUUUAUACUAUACACUAUAUCCUAUGUACUCAGGAGUAGCACCUAACUGUCAUGCCCUAGCUCGCAGCGCGUGCAAAAUGGCCCAUACUUAUGAGAGUUAGAAGUAACCCAUCAACCCAAGUAUCAUAGUAGCGUUAACAACGGGCACGUUCGAGGUAUUUGUAAUGUAUUCCAAUAGUGUCCAUUCCUUUAGCACACUUCGGGUUAAGUAUUUCGUAACAGUGGCGACUUAUGGUGUUAUAACACAUUUAGUAAAACCGGUGUUGAAAGGAAGUAAAAAUGGUCCUCGCUAGUGCUCACUUAUUGUAAAAUAUCCGUUUUAUUCAAGUUUUGUAAUUGAGUAACGGUGACAAGCUUGAAAUUACGAUCCUUUGCGCCCUUUGUGUUUCCUGUCAGUUGUUACCCAAUAUUUUGAGAAAUAUACAAACUUGUGCCAGGAGGAAAGCCAUAAAUAGUAAAAAAGAGCUCGGUUGACAUGUCCUUCUAAUCCAAGAUUAACAUUCUCAUCCACCUUAAGCAUUGCCAUUGCCAUCGCCAUCGCCAUCGCCAUCGCCAUCGCCAUCGCCAUCGCCAUCGCCAUCGCCAUCGCCAUCGCCAUCGCCAUCGCCAUCGCCAUCGCCAUCGCCAUCGCCGUCGCCGUCGCCGUCGCCGUCGCCGUCGCCGUCGCGGCAAGGUAUGAUACUGUAUACUAUACACUAUAUCCUAUGUACUCAGGGGUAGCACCUAACUCUCUAUACUAUAAGUGUAUAGUUUUGUAAAUUGAGUAACGGUGACAAGCUUGAAAUAACGAACCUUUACGCCCUUUGCGUUUCCUGUCACUCGCUACCCAAUAUUUUGAGAAAUAUACAAACUUGUGCCAGGAGGAAAGCCAUAAAUAGUAAAAAAGAGCUCGGUUGACAUGUCCUUCUAAUCCAAGAUAAACAUUCUCAUCCAUCUCAAGCAUCGCCAUCGCCAUCGCCAUCGCCAUCGCCAUCGCCAUCGCCAUCGCCAUCGCCAUCGCCAUCGCCAUCGCCAUCGCCAUCGCCAUCGCCAUCGCCGUCGCCGUCGCCGUCGCCGUCACAGCAAGGUAUGAUAUUGUAUACUAUACACUAUACCCUAUGUACUCAGGUGUAGCACCUAACUGUCACGGCUUAGCUCGCAGCGCGUGCAGGAUUUCCCAUACUUAUGAAAGCUAGAUGUAGCCAAUCAGGCCAGGUAUUAUCGUAGCGUUAACAACGGGGACGUUCGAGGUAAUUCUAAUGUAUUCCAAUAGUGUCCGUUCGUUUAGCAUAGUUCAAGUUAAGUAUUUCGUAACAGUGGCGACUUAUGGUGUUAUAACACAUUUAAAACCUGCGUUGAAAGGAAAUCAAAAAGGUCCUCGCUAGCGUCCACUUAUUAUAAAAUAUCCGUUUCAUUCAAGUUUUGUAAAUUGAGUAACGGUCAAGCUUGAAAUUGCGAAUCUUUAUGCCCUUGCGUUUCCUAUCAUUCGCUCCCCAAUAUUUUGAAAAAUUUACAAACCUGUGCCAGGAGGAAAGCCGUAAACAGUAAAAAAGAGCUAGGUUGACAUGUCGUUCUAAUCGAAGAUUAACAUUCUCAUCCAUCUUAAGCAUCGCCAUCGCCAUCGCCAUCGCCAUCGCCAUCGCCAUCGCCAUCGCCAUCGCCAUCGCCAUCGCCAUCGCCAUCGCCAUCGCCAUCGCCAUCGCCGUCGCCAUCGCCAUCGCCAUCGCCAUCGCCAUCGCCAUCGCCAUCGCCAUCGCCAUCGCCAUCGCCAUCGCCAUCGCCAUCGCCAUCGCCAUCGCCAUCGCCAUCGCCAUCGCCAUCGCCGUCGCCGUCGCCAUCGCCGUCGCCGUCGCCGUCGCCGUCGCCGUCGCCGUCGCCGUCGCCGUCGCCGUCGCCGUCGCCGUCGCCGUCGCCGUCGCCGUCGCCGUCGCCGUCGCCGUCGCA